AUGUCUGAAAAGCAAAUCCCUCAAUUCUCAGUCAAAGACUAUGCUUCUUUCGCUUUAGCCGGUGCCAUGGGUUGUGGUCUUACCCACGGUGCUAUGACUCCAAUUGAUGUUGUCAAAACCAGAAUUCAAUUAGAACCAACUGUCUACAACAAAGGUAUGUUUGGUUCUUUCAGACAAGUCAUUGCCAGUGAAGGUGCCGGUGCUCUUUUAACUGGUUUAGGUCCAACUGUUUUAGGUUAUUCUUUACAAGGUGCCUUCAAAUUCGGUGGUUAUGAAUUAUUCAAAAAGACCUUUAUUGAAAACUUAGGUUUUGACACUGCUAAACAAUACAAGAACUCUAUCUAUAUUGGUUCUGCUGCUUUAGCUGAAUUCUUUGCUGAUAUUGCUUUAUGUCCUUUGGAAGCUACUAGAAUCAGAUUAGUUUCUCAACCAACCUUUGCCAAUGGUUUAAUUGGUGGUUUCUCAAGAAUCUUAAAGGAAGAAGGUGUUGGUUCUUUCUAUAACGGUUUCACCCCAAUCUUAUUCAAACAAAUUCCGUAUAAUAUUGCUAAAUUCUUGGUUUUCGAAAGAGCCGCCGAAGCCAUCUAUGCCGCUAUCCCAACCCCAAAGAAAGAUUUAUCCACCUCCGCAUCCACUGCUGUUAACUUAGGUGCCGGUAUUAUCGCCGGUUGUGCCGCCGCUAUUGUUUCUCAACCUGCUGAUACUUUAUUAUCCAAGGUUAACAAGACCAAGAAGGCUCCAGGUCAAUCCACCGUUGGUUUAUUGGUUCAAUUAGCUAAGCAAUUAGGUUUCGCUGGUUCUUUCACCGGUUUACCUACCAGAUUGGUUAUGGUUGGUACUUUAACCUCUUUACAAUUCACCAUCUAUGGUUCUUUAAAGAAAACCUUAGGUUGUCCUCCAGCCGUUGAAUUAUAA